GACAUUCUGCCGAGUGGCAGCAUUAUUUUUGUUCUGUGGACUGUCGUCCUGUCCACUGCCCUGCACCCGAGCUCCUUUACCCCAAUCCGGACUGGCUUUAGUUUCCUUUUGGACUAGUACCUCGCAAUUUCUCUUGCUUUUCUUCAACUGAUUCAUUGUUUUGUUGGUGUGGAGCAGAGCCCCCCACCCCCCAUCCCCCCCGAGGAUGUCCGGAUCAGUGCAUCAGUUGGAGACGCGCCAACGCCAGCAGCACUUUCAGGAGCAGAAGCAGACCCUGGAGCAGCAGCAUCACUUUGAGAGCAGCUAUCACCUGAGCAGCAGGUCCUCUGUUAGCCAGAAGUCUGUCUCUCAUGAGCUUCACAAGAGCACUCAAGGGGCCAGCCUGAAAACGGCCAGCCUGAAGACCUCACAGAAGACCUCUGUGAAGACAGAGAAGGCGAUGGCCUCUAAAAUGAGCCAUAUCACCAAGAAGGCCGAACGCAAGUACCUAGCCACGGACACAGAUCUCGAGGUCAUCGGCUACGUUGUCCCUGUAUUCAGAGCCAACCAUGAGGUGGUGCGGGGUCUGGCCGAGGCCCAGGACGAGGUGGUGAAGGAGGAGGGGGUGAACUACGUGGCCAUGAGGAACCUGUUUGUGAGGGAGUCCCAGGAAUCCAUGACGCUCACUGUGGAGAAGAAAACCAGGAAGACGAUUGUCAGGGAGUCGGCCGAGAGCCUCCAAUUGGACAGGAAGCUGGAGGAGAGGUCAGAGUUUCGUAAGAAGAUGAACUCAGACAGCCUCUGCCACCGUCCCGAGUUCGUGGUGAGGCCCCGAGGACAGACGGUCUGGGAGGGCAGGACCCUGAAGCUGCACUGCACUGUGGCCGGCUGGCCCAAACCACGCGUCGCCUGGUACAAAAACAACGUUCUGAUCGACGCCAAGGCCCACCCUGAGAAGUACACCACCGAGAGCAACUACAACAUGCACUCCCUGGAGAUCAAGAAUUGUGAGUUCUUGGACACUGCUCUGUACCAUGCCUCUGCCCUCAACAUCAAGGGAGAGUCUUCUGCUACGGCCACAAUCGUUAUCAAAAGGUUCCAAGAGGGGGAGGCAGCAGGCCCUCUGGACCCUAAACCCCACGGAUUCAGUUCCGAGCACGGCGUCACCUUCGAGACCAGCAUCCUGGAUAAGUUUGAGGUGGCGUUCGGCCGCGAGGGCGAGACCUUGAGCCUGGGCUGCACCGUCAUCAUCUACCCCACCAUCAAGAUGUACCAGCCGGAAGUGGUGUGGUACAGAAACUCCGUGGCCCUGAAGGCGUCCAGGUGGGUGAACUCCCACUGGAGCGGUCAGAGAGCCACCCUCACCCUGACGCACCUGAACAAGGAGGACGAGGGCCUGUACACCCUGCGCAUCAACACCAAGUCCGGCUUCGACUCCUACUCCGCCUACGUGUUCGUCAGAGAUGCUGACCUGGAGGUGGAGGGCGUGCCCGUGGCCCCCCUGGACGUGCGCUGCCACGACGCCAACAAGGACUACGUGGUGGUGACCUGGAAGCAGCCGGCCGUGGAGGGCAGCAGCCCCAUCUUGGGCUACUUCAUCGACAAGUGCGAGGUCGGCACCGAGCACUGGGCGCAGUGCAACGACAGCCCGGUCAAGUACGCCCGCUUCCCCGUCACGGGCCUGGUGGAGGGCCGCUCCUACAUGUUCCGGGUCAGCGCCCUGAACACCGCCGGGGUCAGCCGUCCGUCCCGCGUGUCGGACGCGGUGGUGGCCAUGGACCCCUCCGACAGGGCCCGCCAAAGGGCCGGACCUUCCGCUCCUUGGACCGGGAUGAUCAAGUUCACUGAGGAGGACCCCACUGUGGGCGUGGUCCCUGGGGAGCCCAGCGAAGUGGUGGUCACUGAGGCCACCAAGAGCUACGUGGUCCUGGGCUGGAAGCCCCCCGUCCAGAGGGGUCACGAGGGGGUCAUGUACUACAUCGAAAAGUGCGUUGCAGGGACCGACCAGUGGCAGCGUGUGAACACGGGGAUGCCGGUGAAGUCUCCGCGCUACGCCCUGUUCGACCUGGAGGAGAGCGAGUCCUACAGCUUCCGCGUGCGCUGCUGUAACUCGGCCGGCGUGAGCGAGGCCUCCGGGUCCACCAGCAACAUCACCGUGGGAGACAAGCUGGAACUGCCCUCCUCCCCUGGCGCGGUGACGGUCACCAGGAACUGCGCCACCUCCAUCGUGGUGUCGUGGGCGGCCUCCAGGGAGGUGAAGCAGCUGGUGGGCUACUACAUCGAGUACAGCGUGGUGGGCAGUGAGGCCUGGGUGCCCAGCAACAACAAGCCCGUCAAGAGCACCAGGUUCGUGUGCCAUGGCCUGACUACCGGUGAGAAGUAUGUGUUCAAGGUGAAGGCUGUGAACGCUGCAGGUUACAGCAACAGCUCCCCUCUAUCUGACCCUGUCCUGGUCAAGGCUGCCGUCUCUGUCCCUGGGAAGCCCUCUGCGGUGACCCUGGUUGAGGCUGCCAAGGACUACAUGGUGCUGAGCUGGAGCGCGCCGGCUUCCGACGGCGGGGCCGAGAUCACGGGCUACUACGUGAACUACAGGACAGUGAAGGGAGAGGUGGUGGGCAAAUGGCACGAGCUCAACUCCAAGGCUGUUAAUGCCACGUCCUACAAGGCCGAGGGCCUGAAGGAGAACCUCUUCUACCAGUUCCAGGUGCGGGCCAUGAACAUGGCGGGUGUGAGCAAGACCUCUCUGGCUGCUAAAGCUCUGGAGUGCAAGGAAUGGACCAUCACUGUUCCAGGCGCUCCUCUCGGCCUCCACGUGCUGGAGGUGCGUGACACCUCCCUGGUGGUGCUCUGGGACGCCCCGGCGUUCAGCGGGCGCUCCCCGGUCAUCGGCUACUACCUGGACAUCAAGGAGGCGGCGGGCGGCGACGGUGCCUGGAGGGCCGUGCACGAGAAGGUCCACCAGAUCAAGUACAUGAAGGUGACCGGUCUGAGUGCUGGUACUUCCUACGUGUUCCGUCUGCGAGCAGAAAAUCUGGCCGGCGUGGGAAAACCAUCAGGUGUCCUCGGCCCAAUUCUGGCCCAGACUCACCCAGGCACCCAUGAGAUCGAGGUGGACGUGGACGACGACGGUGUGAUCUCCAUGAUCUUCCAGUGCUCUGAGAUGGCUCAGGACUCCGAGUUCAUCUGGUCCAAGAACUACAAGAGCAUCACAGACAGCUCCCGCAUCACUGUUGUUACCCAGGGUGGCAAGUCCAGAGCUAUCUUCAACAGCCCCUCCCUGGAGGACCUGGGAACCUUCUCCUGCAUGGUCACCAACACAGAGGGCUUCUCCGCCAGCUACACACUCACCGAGGAAGCUCUCAAUCGCCUUCUGGACAUCAGCCAUGAGCACAAGUUCCCUGUUAUUCCCUUCAAGAAGGAGAUGUCCAUGGACCUGCUGGAGAAGGGCCGCGUGCGCUUCUGGACCCAGGUGGAGAAAUGCACCGCCGCUUGCAAGGUGGAGUACGUGUUUAACAACGCGGCCGUCACGGCAGGACAGAAAUACUCAAUGAACUUCGACCAGAAGACCGGCAUCAUUGAGAUGUUCAUGGACUCCCUGGAGGUCACAGACGAGGGAACGUUCACCUUUAACCUGGUGGACGGCAAGGCCAAGGGAACCACCAGCCUGGUGCUCAUCGGAGACGAGUUCAGAGAGCUCCAGAAGAAGUCUGAAUUUGAGAGGGCUGAAUGGGUCAGGAAACAAGGUCCCCACUUUGUGGAGUACCUCGGUUUCACCGUCACCGAGGAAUGUAAUGUGCUGCUUAAAUGCCAGAUUGGAAACAUCAAACCCGAGACUGAGAUCGAGUGGUACAAGGACAAGGUGAACAUUCACGCGGACGACGAGGACUCCAAGAAAAUCGGGAUGGAGGACGGGCUGUUGACCUUUAACAUCGGAAAGUGCGUUACUAAGCCAGGCAUAGAGCAAGCAGAAGAGGAGCAAGAGAAACCAAAGAGGCAGGCCGCGGACCUCACCCCAGCCUCCCCGAGACCCAAAAUUUCCAAGAGUGAUUCCGGCGUUUACGAGGUCAAGUUGAGGGACGAGAGAGGCAAAGACACGAGUACAUUCGAUUUGACCGACGCAGGCUACCAGGCUGUUAUGAAUGAAGUCUUUAGGGUUAUCGCCAACUCCUCCACCGGCAUCUCGGUCAUCAGCACUGAGCACGGAAUCGUGCUGUCCUCCAGCGUCAUCUAUUACACCCAUGAGCUGCGUGUCGGCUGGCUCCAAAAAGAGAGCAAGAUAACCAGCUCUACCAGGCAAGAGUGUGGAGUCACAGGGGAGCAGCUUUGGCUUAAGAUCAACGAGCCCACAGAGAAGGACAAGGGCAAGUACACCAUAGACAUCUUCGACGGCAAGGAUGGACUCAAGAGGGUCUUCGACCUGUCUGGCCAAGCAUGGCAAGAGGCAUUUGAAGAAUUCCAGAGGCUGAAGGCGGCUGCGAUUGCAGAAAGAAACCGCGCUCGUGUCGUUGGAGGCCUGCCAGAUGUGGUUGCGAUCCAGCAGGGCAAGUCCCUGAACCUGACUGGCAACGUGUGGGGCGACCCGGCCCCCACGGUCUGCUGGCUGAAGAACGACAAGGAACUGGUGACGGAUGACCGCUACACGCUCAAGUUCGAGAACGGGAAGUACGCCAGCAUCACCAUCGCCGGGGUGACCACCGCCGACUCAGGCAAAUACGCCCUGCGGGUCAGCAACAAGUACGGCACGGAGAACGGCGAUUUCACCGUCAGCGUGUACACCCCCGAGGACGAGGACAAGAAGGAGUGAAGUGAUGAUGGGGUUCUUAUGUUAGGAGUGGGAGGGGAGUGAGAGAGAGAGAGAGAGAGAGAGAGAGAGAGAGAGAGAGAGAGAGAGAGAGAGAGAGAGAGUGAGUGGGAUAGGGCUAUCUCUGAAAGUCGUUCACCCCAGUGCAAAAUAAGUACAGCUGAAGCAGUCUGAAUAAAAGAUGACAGGGAAAAAGUUACAACGCUUCCCUCUGCCUUUUUCCUGCACAGGGCUAAAAACAACAACCUAGAAAGCCCUGAGGGAGUGUUGCUCUUCACAGAAUGAAGCUCAGAUUAUGUAAUAGGGGAAUAUCUAUGUUGCUUAACAUGUCUUUUCUGUUUUUUGUUGCUUUUGGUCUUCAGAUAGUACAAAAAAGCCAAUCGGUAGACAUCACUGUUUAGCAAAAGGAAAAACACCUAAUAAUCAAAACAUAUUUUUGAAUAACUUCCUAAAUUGUUAAAGUCUAUGCUCUCUCACACCAAGGCACCGCUGAGGUUAUGGUGUUGAUGUAUUUAGUGUUUUUUUGGUUAUUGCUUUGCAAAUAUAAAACUCACCCAGACAAAAAUAAAUGCAUGAUAAUAAUCAUUGUAAACCAUGAAUGGAACCCAUUUUCUGUAUUAUUAGUGCGCUAUUUUGUCACUCUGUGUUUAAGUGACGUCAUGUAUGUAAGCCUAGGUCUCAAGUCAUUCGUCAGGAGGAGUCGAAAGAGAACAGGAAGAAAAGGUCGUGCAAUGUGGACAUGUGAACACUAAUCUGUCUGGGCAUAUGUUGCAUACUUCUGAUCGUGUGUACACACUGUAGAGAUCGACAUGUACUUGGAAAUAAAUUAAAAAACUUUCAAAUAAUGACUGCCCUCCAGAAUGGCUUGAGACCGAAAAUAAAUGUAUUCUCCAAUAAAGAAAGUUGACCUGG